AUGGACAAGCCGUCCACGCUGCUUGUCCACUUCGACAAGGGGUCCGCCGCCAUGGCGAACGAGAUCAAGGCGGAUCUGGAGGGCAGCGACGUCGCCGCUAAGGUCGAGGCCAUGAAGCGCGCCGUCAUGCUCCUCCUCAAUGGCGAGACACUGCCGACGCUCUUCAUCACCAUCGUCCGCUACGUCCUCCCUUCCGAGGAUCACACCAUUCAGAAGCUGCUGCUCCUCUACCUCGAGAUCAUUGACAAGCGCGACGCCGCCGGCCGCGUUCUCCCGGAGAUGAUCCUCAUCUGCCAGAACCUCCGCAACAACCUGCAGCACCCCAACGAGUACAUCCGUGGCGUCACGCUGCGGUUCCUCUGCCGCCUCUCCGAGCCGGAGGUGCUUGAGCCGCUCGUUCCUUCCAUUCUCGAGAAUCUCGAGCACCGCCACCACUUCAUCCGCCGCCACGCGCUCUCCGCCAUCUCGGCUAUCUACCGCCUCCCGCAAGGCGAUCAGCUCAUUCCGGACGCACCCGAGCUCGUCGAGCGCGCACUCGCGUCGGAGCAGGACGCCUCCGCCCGGCGAAACGCGUUCGUCAUGCUCUGCCUCUGUGGGACGGAACGUGCUGUGGCUUACCUGCUCUCCAACGCCGAGCGUGUCAUGGAGUGGCCCGAUCUCCUCCAGAUGGCCGCAGUAGAUCUCAUCCACAAGGUCUGCCGCCCUCCAAACCACCGUGCCGACAAGGGCAGGUAUAUCAAGAUCAUUUUAUCCCUCCGUUCCUCUCCAAGCACCGCGGUUCUGUAUGAGUGCGCGGGUGCUAUCGUGUCUCUCUCCUCGGCUCCCACUGCAGUGCGAGCUGCCGCCGAAACAUACUGCCAGCUCCUCUCAUCGCAGAGUGACAACAAUGUCAGGCUCAUUCUCCUGGACCGUCUGAAUGAGCUGCACACGUCACACCGGGAUGUGAUGGUGGAUGUAGUAAUGGAUGUGCUGCGUGCACUUGCCAGCCCGAAUUUGGAUGUCAAGAGGAAGGUGCUGGAUUUGGUGCUCGAUCUGCUCACUCCUCGUAAUGUGGAGGAGGUGGCGCUUUAUCUCAAGAAGGAGGUGGUCAAGACACAAUCAGGGGAGCUUGACAAGGGUGGUGAGUACCGUCAGAUGCUGGUGCAAGCGAUUCAUGCAUGUGCUGUGGAAUACCCAGAGGUGGCUGGAUCGGUGGUGCACCUUCUCAUGGACUUCCUUGGUGACACUAAUGUCGCUGCGGCAGUUGAUGUUGUGUUAUUUGUGCGUGAGAUCACUGAGACUAAUCCCAAGCUGUGUGUGUCCAUGAUACAGAGGCUGAGUGAUACCUUCUACCAGAUCCGGGCAUCCCGUGUCUGCUCAAUCGCUCUCUGGAUCCUUGGUGAGUACUCCCUAUCUUUAUCAGAGGUCGAAAGCGCCAUUGCCACUAUCAAGCAGUGCCUUGGGGAUCUACCAUUCUUCACUAUCUCAGAGGAAGGGGAGACAACUGAUUCCUCCAAGCCAGCCCAGCCGGUGGUGAACUCUGUCACUGUGUCUUCCAGGCGGCCUGUUGUUCUUGCAGAUGGCACUUAUGCCACACAGAGUGCUGCUACCGAGGCCAUUUCGACUCCAGUUACUCCUGGAUCAUUAGCAUCGACCCUAAAUCUCAGAUCACUCAUUCUGUCAGGUGAUUUUUUCUUAGCUGCAGUUGUGGCAUGUACCCUUACCAAACUGGUACUAAGGCUGGAGGAGGUGCAGCAAUCGAAGGUUGAAGCAAACAAGGCCUGUACUGGGGCCUUGCUGGUCAUGACGUCUAUUCUGCAGCUGGGACUAUCCUCCUACCUUCCCCAACCGAUUGAUAAUGAUUCAUAUGAUAGGAUUGUGCUUUGUGUGAGGUUGCUUUGCAACACUGGUGAUGAUCUGAGGAGGAUUUGGUUGCAAUCAUGUAGACAGAGUUUUGCCAAGAUGCUUGCUGAGAAGCAAUUCAGGGAGACAGAGGAGAUGAGGGCCAAGGCACAGAUCUCUCAUGCCCAGCCAGAUGAUCUUAUUGACUUCUACCACCUCAAGAGCAGAAAGGGCAUGAGCCAGCUUGAGUUGGAGGACGAGGUCCAAGAUGAUUUGAAGGCUGCAACUGGUGGAUUCACUAAGGAAACAGAUGAUGCAAAUAGACUUAAUCGCAUUCUUCAGUUGACUGGGUUCAGUGAUCCUGUAUAUGCUGAAGCAUUUGUGACAGUUCAUCAUUAUGAUAUUGUACUUGAUGUUACUGUCGUUAACCGCACAAAGGAGACACUUCAGAACCUUUGUUUGGAAUUAGCUACCAUGGGAGACCUCAAACUUGUUGACCGUCCUCAGAACUAUACUUUGGCUCCUGAGUCAAGCAAGCAAGUACGUGCCAAUAUCAAGGUUUCUUCAACAGAAACUGGAGUCAUAUUUGGGAACAUUGUUUAUGAGACAUCCAAUGUGAUGGAACGAUCAGUGGUUGUCCUAAAUGAUAUUCACAUUGACAUCAUGGAUUACAUCUCACCUGCUACGUGCGCAGAUGUUACUUUCCGAAACAUGUGGGCAGAAUUUGAGUGGGAAAACAAGGUUGCAGUGAAUACUGUAAUUCAAGAUGAGAAGAAAUUUUUGAAUCAUGUUAUCAAGUCAACAAACAUGAAGUGUCUAACACCACCGUCUGCGCUUGACGGGGAAUGCGGUUACAUUGCUGCUAAUCUUUAUGCCAAGAGUGUGUUCGGAGAAGAUGCUUUGGUGAACAUCAGCAUUGAGAAGCAAGUCGAUGGCAAGCUUAGUGGUCACAUCAGAAUAAGGAGCAAGACACAAGGAAUCGCGCUUAGCUUGGGAGAUAAGAUUACCCUCAAGCAGAAGGGAGGCAGUUAA